AUGGCCCCUACCCACAGUCUCCAAUUUCCAGUUUUUUCUUCCAUCGUCUCGAAUUCUUCAAUUCCACCACCAUCGGCAACGCCUCCAACCACGUCGCCGUCGACUUUCUCGCACUCCUCAAACUCCUUCACCAAUUUCGCAUCACAAAACCCUACCAAGAACUCCGCCGCCGCCUCUAAGAACAACGUCGCCUUGUACACGGUAGUGGCGCUCAUGACGUUGGCCAAGACGCUCCUCUUCAGCCUGUUCGCUUCCACCACCACGCCCACCAGCUCCUCCAUCUCCUCCUCAACCCACACUCGAUCUAAUAAUCUUGAGAGAUCCAAAUUUUUGUCUUGGCCAUUGAAGCAAGGGGGAAACGACGAGAUUCAUUUUAUAAUUAAAAAUGGGCCGAGGUCGCCGGCCGGAGGCGGCGCCCUUCCACUGGCUCUGUUCAAUUUUUCAAAGCGUGACACUGCAGUUUUGUUCGGAAACUGCCAGAGAAUUUGCGAGCAGCAAACGGAGGACGGGAAUGGUGGUAGCGACAGCCUUUUGCCGUGA